AUGCCAUCGGACAAGAAGAAGAGCAAGGACAAGAAGAUCAAGAAGUCUGGAGUGCGAACAAAGUUUUUGAUUGAAUCGUUGCGUCAAGAGUACUAUGACUUGCGUUCGGAGAAUGACAUGCUGCGAGGCAUUGUCGAGGAACACUUGCCCAAGGACGUGGCUGGACCUCUUCUAGCCGAAUGCUUUGAUCCUACAUCGGCAUCCUCCAAGGUCAGCUCCAUUGAUGACCUCGCCAACAAAAUGUCGGGAGUCUCUACCAAAGAUGAUGACUCGGAUGAUGAAGAUGAUGCUGUUGGUUUCUAA